UGCCCUGUCCUCUCAUUCAUCUCACAGUUGUCGUUGUUCAGACCAGCAGGAAAAACACCAUGAUUUCGGCUCUUCUCCUCGUGUUCGUAGUGACGAUCUACACAAUUGAUGGAAAGCCAUACUCCUUGGAUCAGGAAGUAACAAAGUUAUUAGAAAGGAGAGGCAAACCUGUCGUUUGUGAUGCUAACAAUGCUGGCUCAGUCGUGUUUGCAUUCGAUACCUCCGAUGGUACAAAGGACUUUUCCGAACAGAAAACAUACGCCGGAAAAGUUGCAAAAUUCUUGCCUGAAAAUGGAAAAGUAAAAGUAGCUGGAAUCGUCUACGGUGGGUCUACUGCAACCAGCAUCCCUCUUGGAAGUCAGUCAACAUAUGACGACCUUGUGAAUGCUAUUGAAGGCAUCUCCCAGGAAGAGCAUGGACCACGUGAUGAGGCCGACGCACUUAAGGCUGCUGCUAAACUCUUAACGGAUUCAACUGGUAAAAGGGCCAUCGUUCUCUUCGUUGAUGGUAAUGCAGAUGAUGCAAAUGCCGCCAAAGCUGCUGCGGAUGAAUUGAGAGGAGAAGACAUCGAGAUUCUCUUCGCCUUUCCUAAGGAUUUGUAUGCAUCUCUACAAUCUGAGCUGAAGCAGAUUGCAUCUGAACCCUACAGUCUGUCAUUGAACGCUAUGAACAGUCUGAGUCUCGCAGAGUCCAUCGGUCUCGUAUUCGAUGUACAGUACAGCUGUUAGAGAAUGGCGAGUCAUCAUUCCGUCAUUUCCCCGCACCCUAUUAGUUCUGAUUGCAAAUGCAUACAAACCAAGUUGGCUUUGGACAAGGGUCUGAUACAACAAGUAACGGAAACAGCAGAUCUUGAUAUAUUGAACAGAAGAUUAUAGUAGAGUGAGUGAGUACUCGAUUGUGAAAUACGUUGUUCUCAAACGAAGAAGUAAACUCCUUGUUGGAUCAGAGGUAGUGUAAUUUUGUACUGUACACAUUAGACCAUUGACAAAAUAAACUCCAAACUAUAAGUAGAAGUAUAUACCCUUGGGUUUCAUUAACCUAUUGCUACUUCUACUUCGUUUUUGUGUCCAAUAUUCAGCUUGUUCAUACAAUAUGCUUUUCAAAAUAAAUAAACUCAUGUUGCAUAUA